GUCAGCGAGAAGAAGAGCGGCUAGAACUAAACACGGAAGAAGUUUCAGCUAGUUAGCUAGCAUAAUGAGCUAAAUCAUCCUGCAUUUUAGUAACCAUAGCUACGUUGUUUACUUGGCUUUGUCAGACAGCUACAUCUGAGACGGGUAGUUAUUUCUUAUUCAAAGCAACUUCAUGUUAACAAUUGUUUUACCUGACAAUGUUUGGCAAAUCGUAUCAGCUGCUCCCUCAGAGGGACUCCACCUGUCCGAGGACUCCUGGCUUGUUUGUGGACUCUGACAGCUUCACACAGCGCAGCUACCACAAAGGCUUUUCAUUUGAUAACUUCCCCAAUGUUUCUGAAAACUUCACUGAUACCUCCCAAGGAUGGCUGUCCUGGUUUUGCAACCUGAUUGUCAUCUUCCUUGUCUAUAUCUGCACCUUUAUAACAUUUCCUAUAUCAGGGUGGUUUGUACUCAAAACGGUGCCCAACUACCAGAGGAUAGUAGUGUUUCGUCUGGGUCGUGUUGGUCCACCAAAGGGCCCUGGUAUUGUCCUUGUGCUGCCCCUGAUUGACCAGUGGCAGAGAGUAGACCUGCGCACCCGUGCUUUCAACAUCCCUCCUUGCCAGGUGGCUACUCUGGAUGGUGGUAUGUUGUCAGUGGGAGCAGACAUCCAGUUCAGGAUCUGGAACCCCGUCAUCUCAGUUCUGUCAGUACAGGACCUGAAUGCCUCAACCAGGAUGACGGCCCAAAAGGCUUUGACCUACAGUCUGGCCAAGAAGACUGUCAGGGAGAUCCAGACUGAGAGAGUUAAACUUGGAGAAUAUCUUGUGAUGGACAUAAAUGAAAUGACGCGACCCUGGGGACUGGAGGUGGACAGGGCAGAGCUUACCCUGGGCUCUCUACUCAAAGAACCACAGGAAGGCCCCUCUGGACCCCUCAUUAUGCCUCCCUCUGGAGUGCCUGGACUGGAAGGCCUCACUGGCCCCAUUCAGCAGUUGGCUAUGCACUUCCUGGGCCAGAGUGGCAUUUCAAAGCCUCAACAAGAGGACUGCAUAAUUUUUACAGACGAGCUCAGCAGUGCACCUCAGGCAGUCGUGGCCACAUCAGGUUCUGUUGAAGAGCUGCUUGGCAGGGUCGAGCCCCUGCUCUCUGAAGCUUUGGUCGACCAGGUUGGGGCCAGUUUCCAGUUUGAUAUAAGCUCAGAAGAUGGACAACGUUUCAGUUACUAUGUGGAUUUGAGCCAAGGUAGCGGUGCAGCUGGAGCAGGGUCCUUGUGCAGAGAGCCAGAUGUGACACUGAGCAUGAGUGACAGCGACCUUCUGGCCAUGUUCCAGGGUGUGCUACGACCAUUUUCUGCUUAUACCAGUGGCAGACUCAAAAUCCAGGGAGACAUUAAGACUGCCAUGAAACUGGAAGAACUCAUAAAGCUUCUUAAGAAAUAGCAUUUUUUAAUGUAUUUAUUAAAUAUUUAAUUUUAACUAUACAUUUCUUGUAUUCAUUGAUUACAUAAUAAAUUCAAAGGUCUUUAGGCCUAAUGUUA